UUUUUUUAAACAAAUGCAUGUGCCAAAUCUACUCUUGUAGAAUUCGCUUGCGGUCAAAGUCAAGUCAGGCGCUAUGCCCGACUCCGACAAUCAAACUUCCAGUCCGUCCACCUUUGAUCAUACAACAGAGGAGAUUGCAUGUACGAACAAUGAAGCUAGUCCGAGUGAAGUUUCUGUGCCAAAAUCAGCUAUUGAUGUUGCCAUUGAACUCAUAGAACAAGCAGAGAUUGAUGCCUUGGAAGCAGCUAGAAUUGCUGCGUUAAACAAGCCGAAACCCCGUGGACGACCACCAAUUCACAGGAAAUCGCCAGAAUGUGCACCGAAUUCUUCAUCAAAUAUGACUACAACAACAGAAACACAACACACUAUCUCACAUGAUAACGGCGCUAUGUCGCAAGAUGGCAGCAUGACUGACAAUGCCGUGGUAUCGCCAAAGCAAGCUGCCCCACUCUUCCCCAUGCCUACUUCUCUCCCCAUACUCAAGGACCAUCUCGACGUAGAAGCCGCUCCUAGGGCCUUGCUACCAAACGCCGAAGUGUCUCUAUUUGGAGACGUAGAUGCAUCGGAACAGGAGCCUGCCGAUUUCGAUAAAAUGGUAUUUCGCAAAUAUGGCAGCACGGAUGGGCGACUUGAAGAUGAUGAAGAGGGCACUUCUAUGUUGGUGCAAGACCGUCAAAGUGUAGUACUGACCGCACGGAAAGAUUCGAAAUUCAAGGAGUUCAAGAAUCCUGAUGAGGAAGCGGCUGUUGUUAAGCGUAUUCUAGAAGAAGUAUGUCCUCCUUCGUCGCUGAGAGUGAAUUCACCUCCAAGAACCAUUGAGAACGAAGCUGCUGUUGUACAGCGGAUACUAGCGGAAGUCUGCCCCUUAUCUUCGUUGCCAGCGCAUUCAUCGUCGUCUGCAACGCCAACUAAGGAAGAUGGUGGCACUGACACAGUUCCGAUUAAUCGCAAACGACAACCAUAUAAAAGGAGGAAAGGCAAACCCAAAACGAUCAAAAAGGAGGAAAACGAAUAUGUGCCUGAUCCAGAGAAAGCUGGGCGACCACGAGGGCGGCCGAAGAAAAAUGGCGCAAAUUCGACUCCUAGAACGAACAGGAAAUCAUUUGACAAGUUUGUGAUGAAUGCUGAUCGGCGCGGGCGUCCUCGUCGUGCUGCAUCUAUGAUACAAGACUUCCUAGAAUUGUAUGCGAAAGUUGAUUUAUGUGAUCUCGAGGAAGUACACGCACGCGCAACCACUUUUGUGAGAAUGUUGGUAGAUGAGUAUGCUACAACAAACAAGGAGGUUGCGAAAAAAUCGUCAAUUAAAGAGGAAGCUAAAAAUCCCUGUGAAGGAAAUGACGAAGGAAGGGUAGACGCAGGCUCUGCUUUACAAGCGGAAGGUUGUAGUUCCAAUUGCAUGGAUACUCACUCCCAACAUGAAGAGAUGGAUGUCGCAAUGGACACAAAUGCUGAUGAUGGUGAAAGUAUUGAUGAGGCAGGUAGCUCAGGAGAGAACAUGGCAGGAGGGCUUGGCGAAGAGAGCAACGCCGAGGGUGAGACUGAAGAUAAUGUCGGAGAAGCUAGACCCGAGAGCGCAAUAAAGGAACUUCCCGAUAGCUUCAUUGAUUCAAUCCCUGUUCUUAGAGGAGCGGCUCUACAAGCCGUACCAACAUCAGCUGAUUCUGUGCUUAGAUAGUUGCUGUGCAUGCUAUCCAACAUUCGAAGUUCAAGAUUUCGGUUUUGUUCGCCUCUAGAAACAUAAUCGCUCUAUACGGAUCUAGUUUUGAUUUCGCCCACCACGCUUGUCAUUCUAUUUUGGGUCGCUAUCAAAGUGCAUUUAUACGAUUAUGCAACUCCUUUUCUUGACUUUGUCUUGAAAACAAUCUUCAAACCUUAGCGGUCUAUACCGCGUGUAAUCAUGGAUGUAAAUAGAGUUACCGGAAUGAUUCUAAUCUGUUGUCACCCAUUCAUACUCCGCAGCAUGCUGAAGACUAUUACUUUGAUAUUUGUUACUAAAUAAAUUGUGCUGAAC